AUGUUCGAUUCAAUUGUUAUUCAACAUUUAAUGAGUGGUCUGAAUCCUGAUUUUAGAAAAGAAAUUUCUCGACGCGAAUCCUGUAUGAAUACAUUAAGCGAAUUUUUUAAAUACGCUAAGAUUGAACAAGAUUCAUAUGACACUUUUGAAAACUCUCGUCAUUUAACCCUUGAAUCGAAACACUCGAAUUUUACAUAUAAUCAUACAACAAUUCCAUCAUUAGCUGCUAUGAUUAAACAACCAAAACAACAUUAUCAAAUUAUGAAAAUGAAUGAUCCUAUUCGUCAUGACAAAUCAAUGCAGAGAUCCGUGUUUAAACGGAACUCGGGUUAUUCACGUAAAUCACAAUCAACCCAAAAUGAUCGUGAGUGUGUAGAAUAUGACUUCUCGAUCAUAUGGCUCAAUGGUUCUGGCGACGGGUAUUCUGGAAUCGAACGAAGCAAUUCCGGAAUCGCAGGAACUAAUUUCGGAAUCGAUGGAACUGAUUCCGGCGGUGGAACUGGUUCCGGAAUGUUCAAGAUUGCGGAAUUGGAUAACUGCUCACAAAUUCAGAUGAAUUUAUCACAAAAACCAUUUUACACAAAAUAUUCUAAUGAUCAUUCAACAUUUCAACAUCAACUUAAUAGUUGCAAAAUCUGUGGUCGACAAAAUCAUCGAACAAUUGAUUGUUUUCGCAAACGUACGACUGAAUGUUUUAAUUGUGGACAAAAUCAUUUUGUUCGUGAUUGCACAAUGCCUCCGAAUUUUCAAUAA